GGCGUGCUGCGGAAGGACGCGGGUAUAAAAGGGCGUCGAGGUCCACAGCGCAGCCCCAUCGGCGUGGGGACACACAGCUACUGGGAUUGCGCCAUGGCCUGGGCUCCUCUCCUCCUGGCGGUGCUCGCCCACAGCUCAGGUUCCCUGGUGCAGGCAGCGCUGACUCAGUCGGCGUCGCUGUCGAAGAACCCAGGAGAAACCGUCACGAUCACCUGCACCGGGGGUAGUUACAACUAUUAUGGCUGGUACCAGCAGAAGUCACCUGGCAGUGCCCCUGUCACUGUGAUCUAUACCAACACCAACAGACCCUCAAACAUCCCUUCACGAUUCUCCGGUUCCAUAUCCGGCUCCACGGCCACAUUAACCAUCAAUGGGGUCCAAGCCGAGGACGAGGCUGUCUAUUACUGUGGUGGCUACGACAGCAGCAGUACUGUGUGUGGUAUAUUCGGGUCCGGGACCACCCUGACCGUCCUAGGCCAGCCCAAGGUGGCCCCCACCGUCACCAUCUUCCCGCCAUCAAAGGAGGAGCUGGAACAGAACAAGGCCACCCUGGUGUGCCUGUUAAGCGACUUCUACCCCAGCCCGGUGACUGUGGAGUGGCAGGUCGAUGGCUCCACCCGCAGUGGCGAGACCACAGCAGCGCAGCGGCAGAGCAACAGCCAGUACAUGGCCAGCAGCUACCUGUCACUGACUGCCAGCGAAUGGUCAAGCCACGAGACCUACACCUGCAAGGUCACACACGAAGUCUCCACUGUCACGAAGAGCCUGAACAGGUCCGAGUGCUCUUAGUCCCACUGGGGAUGCGAUGUGAGGACGGUGGUUCCUCACCCUCCCUGUCCCCCCUGGCCGCUGCUGGUGGCAGCAGCCCCCACUUCCCACUCAGAUGUCCCCCACUGUGCCCCCAUCAUCCGCCUCUGCCUGUCGCCUCCUCUUGUCCCCAUCCCUCCAGAUGUCACAUUAAUAAACAUGACACUGAACUAGUGCUGACUCUGCA